AUGACCUUUUUGAGGCCUCUUAAGACGAGUGAACUGCGGGACAUCUUCAGAACUCUGGACAGGGGCGGCAAGGGUGCCCUCGACUGCUCGGAUCUGCAGAGGGCCUACGCACUCCUCGGCUCUAAGGCGGCCCUGGGCCCUGAGGACGCUGGCUACGUGCUCGAGCACUUAGUCCAGGUGGGCGCCAGCUCCUUCAACAGCCUCGGAAACAGCACGUCCACCCCCCCGGGCUCGAAUAACGCCCUGUCCUGGUCGCCUUCGCAGCCCGGUCACGGCUCUGACCCCGGCGGCAGCGCCGACGACGGCCUGCCCAAGCUGGACCUGACGACCUUCGUCGACGCCGUGAACCACGUGCUCAGCACCAACUCGCUGGAGCAGCUGCUGAAGUCGACCUUCGAGGCGGUGUCGAGCGCCCGCAGCACCUCGAGCUCCUCGAACAGGGUCGUCACGGUGUCCCAGCUGCUCGAACUCGCGCGCGCCUUCGGCCUAAAGCUGUCCAAGGACUCCGAGGUCCGCAUUCAGGCUCGAGUCCCCAACGGGGCGGUCGACUUCGCCGAGUUCGUGGAGCUGGUCGCGAGCACCUAG